AUGGCAGGAAAGCUGAGGGGCAAGUCGUUGAACCUUGUCAUCGGUCUCAUUGGUGCUGUGGGCUUCGUGCUCCAGGGCUAUGACCAGGCAGUUUGCAAUGGGUUGUUAACGUUGGGUUCUUUCAUUGCGGUAUUUCCUCAGAUCGACACGGUCAAUACCAAGGGAAGCCAAAACUCACACAACUCUACCAUCCAAGGGACCACGGUCGCAAUCUAUGAAGUUGGAUGCGCACUCGGCGCCGGUUCCUGUGCCUUUCUGGGUGACAGGCUUGGUCGUCGCAAGACCAUCUUUCUGGCAGGUUGCAUUGCGAUAGUGGGGAUCAUUAUUCAGUCGACUCCGUUCUCACUCGGUCAACUUAUUGCUGGCAGAGUAAUCACUGGUCUUGGCGUAGGUGGCUUCACAGCUACCAUCCCAAUGUACGUCUCCGAGUCAUCCGGCGCAGAAGCUCGCGGUCGGAUGGUUUUGCUCGAAGGAUGGUUCGCUAUCGGUGGUAUUGUCCUCGCAACGUGGCUGGAAUUCGGACUCUACUAUGUCAGCGACAACUCGGUCAGCUGGCGUUUCCCCAUCGCCUUCCAAGGUCUAUUUGCUAUUGUUGUCGUCGCCUGUAUCUUGCUUCUGCCCGAGUCCCCCCGUUGGCUUGCACGCGCUGGAAGAAUGGACGAAGCAGCUGAAGUGCUAGCUCGCUUGGAAGAUGUAUCGGUUGAUUCCGAACAUGUCUUGCAGGAGCUGGAGAUUAUGCGACAGUCUCUUGUGCUGGAUGAGAACAACGAGUCAACCGGCUCUUCUUCGCCAUUUGCGAUGACCGAGAACGGCCACCUACACCGGACGAUCAUUGCUGUGGGUGUGAACAUUCUGGCACAAAUGACCGGUGUCAAUAUUAUUACUUUCUAUUCCGAUACCAUCUUCGAAAAUGAUCUGGGAUACUCGGGCACCAUCGCUCGAAUCAUCACUGGAUGUCUUCAGAUUUGGCAAUUCGUGGCAGCUGGUCUAGCUGUCCUGCUCAUUGACCGAGUUGGACGUCGUCCGCUCUUUAUCGGCGCUGCCGCCGGUAUGACCAUUGCCCAGGCCUGUCUGGCUGGGCUAUCAAGCGACCUGAGUAACCACGCCGCUGCGAGUGCGUCCCUCCUAUUCUACUUUGUCGCACUCUUUUGCUUCCCUAUUGGACUGUUCCUGGUCCCCUUCAUGUACGCUGCUGAGAUUGCACCCCUACGCACCCGUGCCAAGGUGACGGCCAUGUCGGCGGCUGCAAACUGGCUCUUCAACUUCGUCCUUGCGGAAGUGAGCCCUGUCGGAUUUGCUACCAUUCACUGGCGGUACUAUAUUGUAUACGCAUGUAUCAGUGCCUUUGCUUGUGUCAGCUUCUACUUUUUCUGUCCUGAGACCAAGGGACGGACUUUGGAAGAGAUUGACGAUAUCUUCGUGCAAUCCAAGUCCAUUUUCGACACUGUCCGAAUUGCACGGGAGAUGCCCUUCCAGUCAGAGCUGCUGGCUUAUCCCGAUGAUACUGGGAAGGGCGGACUUGGAGAUGCUCAAAUUGAGCGAGCUUGA